AUGAGCACGGAAGUUUUGAAACAAUUCAAUACUCCCAACAGAUUAUCUCUGGGCAGGAAUCCAUUCGAAGAAGCUUGUCAGAUUCAACAAAUCUUCAUUCAAAACUUUCGAUUUAUCGAAUAUCAUGACGUUUACUCACUGGAUGACAUGUUACUUAUCAAUAGUGAAAGAGCCGAACUCUCCCAUCCAACCACCCAGAAGCAGUUCAAUCAAUUUGCCAAACACUGGAUCCAUGGGUCUAAUCCAAGACUGCAACGCAUGGAUCUAUCAAUCGAUAAAAUUGAUUUUCUCAGUGGCGAUGUGUAUUUGAAAGGAAUCAGAUGUAUUAAAAUGAGCGAAGAUGCAAAAAGAGAAAUUCGUCAAGAACACGAACUUUUAGAAGGUGGUAUGGUACAAAUCAGACGAGAAGACGGGACACCUGCUGUGAUUGCGACAUAUGAUGGACAUCGUGGCUUAAAUAUUUAUCUAAUUGUUUUGCACUGA